CAGACAUUAAACAAUAAAAAGAUGGCAAUCUGCCAUGAUGAAAAAGUAAGGACGUCUUUGGCGUUGGAGAACGUUUCCUUACGGGGAUCGACAAAACCCAUGAUGGCAAUAUUACAGUGCCCCAUCUGUCUGAUGCAGUACGAUUUUGAGGAACAUCACCCCCGACUUCUCUCUGGAUGUGGUCAUACUGUGUGUAACGCGUGUGUAAAAUUGCUACUGGCUCGAGAAGACCCUCACACGGCAUCCACGACGUGCGUAUGUCUUUUUUGUAAAGUUCAAAGCACACCCGUCAGCAACGAUACGAUAUUGAAUCUCUUAAGGCAAUGUAUGCGAGUUAACGGAAUGGAUCUCAAUGUCAAAGAGUUGAGCUGUGAAGAGUGCGGGACCAAAGGUGAGGUGCGAAUAUAUUGCCGUACCUGCACCAGUUUCUUGUGUUGGAACUGUGAAGAGAGUCACAUCCGGGUACAGUUACUGAAUGACGAUCUGCAUGACGUCACUCUGUUUUCCCUGGAAAACAAAGAUUGCAGUCACAAAG